ACAGUGGGAAAAUAACGGGUCGUAGCAAUUCAUGCUCAGUACCUCUUUUUGUGUUCGAAAUGAUUAUAAAAUGCUCCAUUCUCGCGUUUUACGUUGAACGCCAACUUCUAAUAAAGAAGGGCAUGUGAAUUCCCUGUGUACACCGUUAGAUUUCUCUGCCCUUCUAUAAAUUUUAUUUAUUGGACUUGCAUCGAUAGGGCACCUGCCUGACCACUUGCAUUUUUUAGGCUUAAUUUUUUUUAAUCGUUGGAGGUGCAAAGUGCUAUGGCGAGUUAAACUUGCUUAGCGAGACAUGGAUAGGAUUUUUGUGGGCCAACGUUUAUGAACCUCCUUUCUAGUCGGAACGGUCAAGGUGAACCACAUUGUUGCAAGAUUUGACUCAUUGAAUUUUCCGUUGAUCACUUAAAAUGCGUGCUCAUUUGGUUUUACGCGUAAAACCUAUACGAGAUACAAUGCAGUUGCCAUUCGUUUGUUAGCUUGUCGGCGUAAGGCCGCGAUAAAAAACAGUGUUGCGCGUUGCGGUGUAGUGCGGUCAGCACUACAGUCGGUGUAGUGUCGAGCGAAAUUUAUUGUUUCGUUACGGUUAAUGUAGUGCUUGUGCACCUGUGUUUCUUAAAUUAAUCGUUGCGAAAGGGUGAUGGAUCGAUUCGAAUCUUUCCAAAUGGGGCGUGCAAUAUUCGGGUUGGGUGAUUACUUGAUUUUUGUCUUUACAUUGUUUAUUUCAAUGGUGAUUGGCAUGUAUUAUGCAUGGCGAGGCGUAAGCAAUUCGACAUACGAAUAUCUUAUGGGCAAAAAAACGAUGGGCAUCUUUCCCAUUGCCAUGUCAUUAGCUGCAAGCUCACUAUCGGCGUCAACGUUAUUUAGCGUACCGACAGACGUAUACCUUACUGGAUCAAUGUACUGGUGGAUAAUUAUUGCCGUCGGUCUUUCCAUUCCCGUAUCCCUUUACAUCUAUUUCCCCAUUUAUCACCAGCUUCAACUUGUUUCGAUCCAUCAAUAUCUUGAAAUGCGCUUCAAUCAUACCAUACGCAGACUGGCUGCGCUGCUUUACGUGAUCAAAGUGAUUUUUUAUUUGACUGUCAUGGUAAGUGGACCAGCAAUUGCUUUAAAAAGAGUGACUGGACUCCAAGAGCACGUCUCGAUGAGUAUCAUGUUCGCCGUGUGCAUCUUCUAUACAGCUAUCGGUGGAAUCAAAGCCGUUGUUUGGACUAGCACCGUACAGCUAUGUCUGAUGUACGGAUCAAUAAUCAUUGUGCUCAUCAAAGGAAUUGUACACGUUGAUGGACUAGAAAACGUCUUUUUGCGCAAUUUCAACUCGUCACGCAUUGAAUUUUUAAACAUCGAUUUUGAUCCUACAACCCGUCACACAGUCUGGUCUUUAACAAUCGGAGGCUUUUUUCUGUUCACCGCGAUGUACGCCACGGACCAGGUGUUUAUUCAACGCUGCUUAGCUUUGCCAACGAUGCGAAAAGCCGUAAUAUCGCAUUGGAUCAACUUUUUAAUGCUGGCAUGCAUGACAUCCCUCUGUUGCUUAACAGGCCUUGUAAAUUAUGCUUUUUACUUCGACUGUGAUCCUCUUAAGGCUAAUAUAGUUAAACAUUCAGAUGAGAUCUUCCCUUUGUUUGUUAUUCAAACUAUUGGAAACUUUCCCGGCUUACCAGGAAUCUUCGCCGCAGGAAUUUUCGGUGGAGUUACUAGUAUUCUCUCCAGUAACUUAAACUCUCUAUCGCUGGUUAUACUAGAGGACCUCAUACGACCUUUUUUCCCGCUCAUGCGGGAUAGUAAAGCAUCGUUAGUCACCAAAGUGACUGUAAUUAUCUUUGGCUGCGUCAUUUUUGGCAUGGCUUUAUUUACUUCAAAACUUCAGAUCUCCCUGGAUUCUUCUCUGAGUUUGGUCAGCGCCAUGGCAGGAAUAAUCCUUGGAGUUUUCAGCUUGGGUAUGUUUGUUCCAUGGGCGAAUGCGACUGGAGCUGGAACGGCUAUAGCCCUAUCAUUUGCGACUAUGAUGACGCUGGGAAUAAGCACGCACAUUGCCAAAUCAGGCGGUCUUAUCAUGGACUAUCAAAUAAAAUCUCUUAACGCAGAUGGUUGCCACUCGCCAAAUUCAACCAUUGUGAAUUCGUCGACAGUUCAUUUUUUGAUACAAGAAGAGGAUGUGAAUGCACUUUUACGGAUUUCCUAUUUGUGGUACACGGUGAUGAGCGUAUCAAUCGUUUUGAUCGUGGGAACUAUCGUGAGCUUUUUGGCUGGGUCGCAAGACCCUGCCCAAUUGAAUCCUAAGCUGCUUUGCAGUACACUUCAACGUCGUCACUCCAAUAAAGCUACGUCACAACCAAAUAUCGCAACUGUACAUCCUACGGCGAGUGUUGGACAAAGAACCAGAACAUUGCUGUGGGAACUACCAAGAAGAUUGUCCCCAAUAAUAGAAGUUCAUUUUCCUAAUAACUGACAGCAUUUUACCAAUCGUUUAAUAGGGAAGCUAGUGAUAUGAUACCUCCCAUUGAAGCUUUCUGAAAAUCUGGAUAUCUGCGCCAAAAUCGUAUUACCGGGUACAUUUUUCAAAUUGGAUAGUGUGCGAAUUGACUUUUCUUAACGUGACUCUCCUGACGACGAAAAAUAAAUAGACUGAUGAAGAAUGA